AUGGCGGAAGAUUUGGUAUUGGACACUGCAAUCAGAGACUGGGUGCUGAUACCGCUAUCGGUGGUGAUGGUACUCAUCGGAAUCCUCCGCUAUUUCGUCUCCAAGCUUAUGCGCUCAUCUUCUCAGCUACCCGAUGCUAAAAUCGUCAAAGAAGGGCAGGUGAUAAUUAGGGCAAGGAAUUUGAGAGCCAGUGGUAAUUUGAUUCCCGCGAAGUCUUUUAGAGCACGGAAGUUUUAUUACAGCAAUGAGGAAAAUGGGUUACUCUUUGUUCCUAAAGGGCAGGCUCAGAAUCCACAGGCACAAAUGCUUUCUGAUCCCAACAUGGCUAUGGAUAUGAUGAAGAAAAAUCUGUCAAUGAUCAUACCUCAGACCCUUACUUUUGCAUGGGUUAACUUCUUCUUCUCUGGGUUUGUAGCAGCAAAAAUACCAUUUCCAUUAACUCAGAGGUUCAGAUCAAUGUUGCAAAAUGGAAUCGACUUGAGUACCGUUGACGUCAGCUAUGUUAGCAGCCGUUCAUGGUACUUCCUUAAUCUUUUUGGAUUGAGAGGCUUGUUUAGUCUCAUUCUGGGAGAGGAAAAUGCUACAGAUGAUACCCAACGCAUGAUGCAAAUGAGUGGAUUUGGUUUUGACCCCUCAAAGAGCUUGGGUGCAGAAAAGGACAAUUUAGAUAUAGUGCAGCACGAUUGGGCACUGCCUAAAUUCGAGCAACGAGCUGAAGCUGUCUUGAAGAAACUGGUCAGCUGAUUUUAUACAUUACUUAGUUCAUCUCCGCACUUAUGCUUCUUCCCUAGGUUCGCCUUUGAAUGUGCGGACAUUGAGCUCGUGACUUCACGCAACAGAUAUCUGUUAGUUUCAUUGAAAAGAUAGUUCUUACACCCAGAAUGGCCAAAUGGCAAUUCACACAAUUGUUGUACACUAGUGAUUUUGAUCAUAUUUCAUAUUUGCUGAUCUGACUAUCUGAGUAUUGUUUUGGUUGAAGACUACAUAUACACUAAGAGAUAUUCUUUUGCAUCAAUUUAAGUUCAAGACACAAUGUCAAUGACUUCCAUUCUGCUUAUAAAAAUGGUGUUGUCCCUUCUAUUUA